GAGUGAGCUCGCGGGGCCCCGUGCGGUCAACCGGAGGAAUUCACAUGCGAGGCUGGGUGUCACACGCCCUCUACGUCACCAAGCUAUAGACUCAAAAGUGAAGACGCUCAACUUUUCUGUCUCCACUUUGUCCUCUCGCUCUGUGCUGUCACCUCCUCCGUCCACAGCUGCGGAGACGCAAUGCAGCAGGAGAAACAUGAUCAUUAACUCGGCACGGAAUAUUUCGCAACAAGUCUUCUGACUCACCACGGGCAGCCCUUCACCACAGGUAGCCUACACUCACUUGGCCGAUUGUUUUUCUAGACCCACCUCUAAAAUGGCCCAACAGAACUACAGUUGUCAUUAUAAUGAGUCCAUGGGCUUCUUCUACAAAAGCCACGAUGAGGAUAAAUGGGACAAAACCAAUCUCAUCCUGGUGCAGGUGGUGGGCUCUCUCUUCUGCUGUUUCAUCCUGGUCUCCAACGCCAUGGUUAUAGCUGCUGUCAUCACCAAUAAGAGGUUUCACUACCCUUUCUAUUAUCUUCUAGCAAACCUCGCCGCCUCUGACUUCCUGGCAGGCAUAGCAUACGUGUACCUCAUGUUUAACACAGGUGAGGUGUCUCGGAAACUUACAGUUAAAGGAUACUUCAUCCGUCAAGGUCUUCUGGAUAUCAGUCUCUCAGCUUCGCUGGCUAACCUGCUGGUAAUAGCUCUAGAGCGCUACAUCUCUGUCAUGAACUGGAAAGUCCACAGUAACCUGACAAAGAGGAGGGUGACCCUGCUGAUCGUGCUGGUGUGGGCCAUCUCCAUCUUCAUGGGGGCUGUGCCGAGUCUGGGCUGGAACUGCAUCUGCAACCUGAGCGACUGCUCCCGGCUGGCUCCCAUCUUCAGCAGGAGCUACCUGAUCUUUUGGUCUGUGUCUAACCUGGUGGUGUUCCUGGUGAUGGUGGUCAUCUAUACAAGGAUCUACACCUACGUCAAGAGGAAGACGGCGGUGCUGACACCACACACCAGCGGCUCCAUCAACCGCAAGAGGACGCCCAUUAAGCUCAUCAAGACAGUCAUGGUUGUGCUCGGGGCCUUUGUGAUCUGCUGGACUCCCGGCCUGGUGGUUCUGCUGCUGGACGGCCUCAACUGCACGAGUUGUCACGUCAUGAAAUUAAAAAUGUGGCUGCUGCUCCUGGCUGUACUCAACUCCGUUAUGAACCCUUGCAUCUACUCCUACAAGGAUGAGGAAAUGUGGACAACCUUCAAGAACCUCAUGCGCUGCAUUGGUAACGGCACACGGCGGCAGCGGUCGACGAGGGCCAACGCCAGGCCGCUUAGCUCUGGUCAGGAUACGGGAAACAGUCAGCCUCCAUCAGAGGAGACAAAAAAAGACGAUCAGGGCAUUCUUUGAACCUGCAAAUUUAACUUAUUAAGAAUUAACCAGAACUUCUGUCCAGCUCGGAUUGGACACAUCUUAUGAAGUUAGAGUUGAAUUGAAAGAGAAACUAUCAAUUGGUCUCAAGGGGUCAUUGUAGUCCUAAAAGUACUUUCUUAGAGAGGCACUGCAGGCCAGCUGCUCCAGUGGAGAGCAGUGAAAUGGAGAUAAUAAGAGACCUUGAUGCACAACUAGAUCCCCAAAUGGAUGCAAAGAUGUGCUUUUUUUUAGUUUUUGUCAGGGUUUUACAGUUUUUAGAUCCAGUACUCCCAUUCAUGUGUAUUGGGAGAUUUGGGUUUCUGUUUCAUUCUGCUCUUUUUGUCUUCGUCAUCACAUCCCUGCUGGUUAUUUCAACAUGGACAAUUCUACUCUGUAAUGGCUGAAAAAAGAAUCCAGUCUAAAGUACACAGUGGUACGUUUCUACUUUUACCCCCCAAAAGGGUAAAAAUCAUCAUGCAAAGGGGGAAUUUCUCCCUAAUAUAAAAUGUGUGUACAUCUGAUUGCCUUUCUGUUUACUUCCUGUGUAAACGUUAAGGGAAGCAAUGCUAUAAUGGAUGAUCUAGUUAAGACGUGCAACUUGUUUGAAGUCAGGUAUGCCUACUAUAAAGUUGUAGGUUUGCUUGGGUAGGGCACAGCUUUAAAAUUGAUUUCCUGUUUUUAAACAGCCAAUGAAAGGUACUGUUAACUGCUGUUCUCAAUAUAUCUACUUGUAAAUCCUGUUAAAUGCCUAAAAGAAGAGGUGAGAUAAUUACAAAUGUAUGACAGCUAGUAUCCUCAGCAUGACCUGCUUGUUUUGACCAUCAUUUGCAAUUAAGUCUACGAAAUCACACCCUGCUUUCUUUUGUAAAGCAAGUUGCCCUCUGGGGAACAGAUAAGAGUCACUCCUUUCUUUCCCCGUCUGUCAUCUUUUUAUCAGUUCUUAUGCAGAUCUCAUGGAGGCAAACUUGUUCCCCCUGUAGCAUGUUUUUACACAUCCUCUUGAACUCACUGAGUGGCUGCUGCUGCUCUACAGAAACAGCUCAUAAAUGACGGUUGUAAAAGGAUGUUGCGACACACGGAAUUCCUGCUUGAGUUUCAAACAAUACCCUGUGUACCUGCAGGAUUUGACUGAAUAGACUACCCACAUACAAGCCCCCCCUCUCCCCAGACUGCUCUGACGCCUCCAUUGCAAAAUUAUUGACAGGGUACAAAUGACGUUUCUUUAACCUGCUGUACAGUAUUUAUGCCACUCCUGCUGUAAAAGACAUGACAUUAUUAAAGCUAUUUCAUUUUUAUUCUGGUAGUGUAGGAAUGUCACACAUUGAAAGGAGUGAGUGCAAAGGUUUAACAGCUACAAUGGUGGUGUUUCUUUAUCUAACCACGAUUAUUCAUGCUCAUUCUUGUGUAGUGACUUUUCAAGUGCAGGCCAUUUAAAAAAAAAUAAAUAAUAAUUUUGUAUAGUAA